CACUGUCCUUGACUGUCUCACGUUGCUGUGUGUGUGUGUGUGUGUGCGCAGCCAGGGCUCGGAGUGGAUCUCUCUCUCUCUCUGGGUGAGCGUCAGGCAGGCGGAGUCUGGACGAUCUGUCUGACAGGGAGAGCCGCAGGCUGUGUAUGACGCUAUGGCCACUUCAUCCACUAUUACUGAUAAAAUCCAAAGUGAUAUUUUAAAUUGUAAAAUCUGCCUUAAUACAAUGGAACAACCGAAAAUGUUGCCUUGUCUACACACUUACUGCCAAGGAUGCUUGAAGAAGCUGGUGAGGGCCAAUAUGAUCCAGUGCCCGGAGUGUAGGGUCAUUGUUGACGUGAGUGCAGGCAUUAGCAGUUUGAAGACAAACUUCCAUAUUAACACCCUUCUGGAUAUCUUACAAAGCCAGGAGAAGGAGGCGAUGGGAUGCAGCCUGUGUCCCCAAGGCUGGAAAGACAAGAACUCUGCAGUGGCCCAGUGUAUCAGUUGUCCAUGUUACCUGUGCAGAGCCUGUGGGGACAGUCAUCGGAUUAGCCACAGCACCCACACGGUGUUGGACCUGGCCCCAACCCCACUGGAUAAAGCUGAUGCAGGGAUGAUUCUGCAGCAAAGAUUCUCCUGCCAAUUUCACCCCAAGGAGCAAGUCUGUCAUUACUGCAGCACGUGUGACCGACUCAUUUGUUUCCAAUGUUACUCACUCGACUGCAUCAAACACAAACGGCUUGGGAUUGCUGAGGCAGCCAAGCUGAAGAAACCCACCGUGAUAAAACUUGUGGAAAGACUCGGCACUGAUCUCCAGUCACUGGCCCAACAAGAGGGGGAACUGAAUGAAGCAAUGGACAAAGUGAAAGCGACAGAGUUGUCUAUAAUUUCCAACUUAGAGAGCACUCUGACAGAGGUUAUAAAUGAUCUGUUUCAACAGGGAGAUGCCAUCAAAAAAACUGUUUCGGAGUGUGUGAAGAAACAGGAAGAGUUAAUCAAAGCCGCCAAAUCUAACCUUGAGCUUCAGAAGGAGAAGACAAAGAGCAUGAAAGAACUUGGUGUGAAGGUUAUAAUGGGCUCUGAUGUGAAAGAGAUGGUGUGUUUGGAGAGCAUUAUACAAGAUCAGAUCCAUGCAUUGCAGCCAGUCAACAUCCAAGAAUUAAACAAAUCCUGGCCCAGGCUAAUGGUUAACAAAUCUGUCCGGAGUAUGAUAUCAGAAACUCAUCUCUUCACAGUCACCUUGGGUGACGGUGCAGUUACUGAGUCUGAGCUGACUGUCCCUAGUAUUGGGCAGGCUUCACACAUUCCAGAAACCCACCCGCCAAACCAGCCUGUUGCUCAGCCCACACAAUGGGCAGUUCAGAGAUAUUACUUUGACACCAUGCUGGAGUAUAACACGAUGCCCAAAUUGACGGGCAUCUGUUGUUCGGAAGAUGGGGACAUCAUUGUUGCAGAUGAAGAGAAUGCGGUGCUGAAGUGUUACUGGAAUGGUGGAUCAUUGAAUCAGAUUAUCUCGCUGCCAGAUGAAGAUGAUGACCCGUGCAGUGUGGCCGUCUGUGACAAUAUUAUUGCAUGUUCUGCCAAAAACAGGCUUUACUACUUGGAAAUGGAUGGAUCGCUGGUGAAAAACUUUUUGCUCCGAGGUUCGGAGUCAGCAUACCCUAUCGCUGCGUAUGAGGAUGAAUAUGUGGCUGUGAGUGAAGGGACAUUAUGUUCUGUAUCUCUAUAUGAUCUCAAUGGCCAAGUAGUUGGCAGGAUUAAGCCAAAGGGUUAUGAUGGCAUUAGAUUUCUUUUCAUUGCAGUGAACAGUGAAGAAGAAUUCAUUGUAUCUGACUGUGGGAAGAAAUGUGUUGUUAUUUUUACUCGAAACGGAGACCUUGUCACCGUCUGCAGUGAGAGCUUCGUGAAUGGGAUACAGAGGCCUCUUAAUCCUUUCAGUGUUUGUGUUGAUGCAAAUGACAAUAUCUAUGUCACUGAGCCCAACAGGAUCCUGGUGUUUUCACCUAUGGGAAGUUUUAAGAGGCAGUUGUUGAGCACGGCCGAUGGCCUUUCCAAGCCACGGGUCCUUACCAUCGAUCCAGAUGACAAUCUGAUUGUAGUCCAAGACAGCAGAUUUUUUUGCCAAGCCGGAGGUUUUGCAGAAUUUCUUGAGCUGGAAGGAUCCAGGAUCUGAAAGAGGACAGAGUUGGUCAGAGAAGAGCACCUGAGAAACUUCCUAUAGAGAGGGAUUGCUCACAGUCUUUUUCAUUGCAUCAAACCAGCCUGAACAAAGGAGCAGAGAGCUGUGCACUGAACGUCAUCGACUACAAUGCAUUUAAACUGGGAACUUUAAUCAAAUCAUUAAACUGA